GAGAACGUAAGGUAUAUACCUCGAGUAUAAAUAUUAGGGUUGGCCAAAUCGUCUGAUCCGUUCCUGUGAAAGAGAAGACGCACAAAACAAAACAAACACAAUUGAAAACACAGUGGGUGGGGGGUGUCUCAUCUCUAUCUCUCUCUCAUCUAAGAGCCUGAAGUUAGGCCUUUGUCCUCCUGUGGCUACCUUAAGGUUAUGCCGUUUGCCCUACACCAGGUAUUAGUUAUCGUAUCCAUAUUAUAUUCUGGUGAGAGCCUGCGUGCUGGACUUUGGUCAAAACUAUUGAGUAAACCAGAAUUCAUCCUAUUAUCUUCCAUAGGUAGACCAAAAUCGGUCAGUUAUGAGUCUUUAUGUGUAUAUAGCAUUGUCUGUUGCUUUGGAAAGGUUUUAAUCUCUACUGAAACAUGGAGCAAGUGUGCCUUUUGUCAGAUUGUUUCCAGAGACAGGUUUUUUCAUUCCAGGAAGUGCUCGAUUGGCGUUUUCUCAUCCUUGGAGGUUUCCAUUUUGUUUCCUUCAAUUGCACUUAGUGAGCCUACUGUAUAUGAGCAGUUAAGCAGGCGUAAUGCCAUUUUAACCUGA